UGUAGCACCAGACAGUGCUGAUAAUGAAUACAUGACAAUGGAGGCUGACAAAUCAUCAGAACAUGACGAUACUUAUGAAAAUGGAGAUACACUUGUUUUUGAUUUAAAAGGAAAAGAGGAUUCAAUAGUGCAUGAAUCAGGCCCUAAUUCAAGACGACAGAAGAAAGGAGAAUUGAAAAAUGAGGAAGUUGCAACUACGAGAUCGCUGCAAAACACCCCAAACCCAAAUACUAAACGACCCCCCAUCCGCCCUCUACCAGACAGAUACAUCACUAUGAGAUGCCCUCCAGCGAAUGCAAACAGUGGACGAGGAAUGAAGCAACCACUCCAAUUAGUUUUCUUCAGGUGUACUACAGUGUGUCUGGUGUUGCUGUGUAUUCUGUUACUCGGAGGGCUGCUUGGUCUGAUCUUCUACAAUGGCACAUUGUCUGAGACUCAUAAGACAAUGAUUAGAAACGUAGACAAACAACUUCAGAAAAUAAAUGACACAUUGUCUGAGAUACUGAAUGAAAAAGUAGUCAAACUACUUGAGAAAAUAGACAAUCUGAGAAACCUCUCCAGAUCAAUGUACCACAUUUCCAACAAAGAAGACUAUGAUUGUUUAACUGGCCAGGACCUGUUCAUACUAAAUCAUGAAGUGCUUGAGUGGCAAAUGAAAGGAAAAUCAUUUCAUCUGGGUCGCAAGAGCUCAGAAAAUGGAAAAUGCAGAGUCCCAUUCUCCUGGAAAUGCACAAGUAGCCUUGCUGGAAAUGCAUCUACAAUAUAAAGGGAUGACCACUUGUUCAGGUCAUACUUCCUUCAAGUUAUAAUGUGUUGAUUAUUUGUCAGUAUGUUUUUGGGUUUAUUUUGUGCUAUUUAUUGUACAGGUGUGAUAUAUUAUGUUCUGCCAUAUAUUCCUGCUUUUUAGCAAUUCAUCUAUAUAUACACUCAUGUCCAACUCCAUAAAGGGCAGUUUGAAGAUGUUUACUAAUAAAUGGUUUUCAAUCUUUACCUAAGUGUGCAAGAUUUUUUCCAGUGUUUUCAAAGCCAAGGAAAUCUACUUUUGAAUGUUAGAGGGAAAGAUACACAUACUAAACUGUCUGUGGGUUUUCUUGAUGUACCAGAGCUGUAAAAUGAGUGUGGACAGUUCAACACAUACCAGGAUGUUGUGAUUUUUUUAAAAUUAGCAGUGGGAGAAGUUGGUAGUUAGUUGCAUUUUAAUAUAUUUUAUGUUGUUAAUAAUGUGGAUUUAUUACUUAAAUUAGUUACUAUCAAUUCUAAUUAAAGGUACAAUAUAAAACCAUGUCCCAUUUAUACUAUAAUAGCAAAGGUAGAAAACUCAUUCAUUCACAAACUGCAUUUGUUAAGUGUCUCCCAUAGGGGGCAUAAUAGUAACAUAACUCCAUCUAUUGUAUUAUGCAUGGCACUUUAUCACUUACAUAAUUGCAAACAGGCACCAUUAGCAUUUGGUUUAAAUCUUGACUUAAAGUUGAUGAUGCUUAUAUGAAUUUCCAUGCCUAUAGCAAUAAUCAGUAAUACAAUAUUGAGAAAGCAAUGUUGAUGCAGCUACAAACCAGUGAUGCCAGUGUUUAGACAUCAGUGGAAACUGGCAAACGUGUACAGGUAAUUGUGUUGUUUCAUCUUGUUUUUAGUCUCCCAUACAUUUUCACAUAUAUUGAGCGCACACACAGAAAAAAGACGACACAGGCAGUAUCUCUGCAUGAACGCACAUAAACACACACGCACCCUGACAUUGUGUCUUUCCAUUCAGCCAUGCAGGCAACAGGAAGGGGAAACGCUACUUCCUGUGGAAGAAUGGGUGGAGGGGGCGGUGGUCACUGAGUGUACCCGACUGUGUUUGUUUGUGUGUGUGUGUACAGUAUACUGUGAAUAUAUGUGUGAGUUUAUACUACAGCUCCAUCUGUCUUUUCUACUACUAUUGUCUCAGGAAUUAUUGGUUCAUAUCAACCUGCAGUGUUGACACAACUUUGCCUUUGGGUGGUCACUGAAGCUGCCCCUGGGCCCUCAUGUUGACACCAGUCAUUGCACUUGGUUCUUAACACCAGUGAUUUGUGACACUGUGAGUGGGAGGAUUUGGACCAUGGGCCCCAUUCUCCCUUGGCUACACUUUUGUCACACUAACAAUAGCAUCUGUGAUUUAACACAUUUUCCUGUGUAAGGGUUGGGUUGUUUUUGUCCAAAUUAGAGGCAACGAGCUGAACAUGUGUAGUUAUUAAGUUUUAGUUAUGAUAGUUCUGAAGCCAAUUUCAGUUCAAAACAAAUUUGUUUUGCAAGUAGUUAUAUCUGCCAGACUGGGAUCAUACAGCAUUAUGAUGCAAAUGUUAUAAAAAAUAAAAUGUGACAACAUAAGGCAAAUAGUGCAGUGCAUGAUAUUUGGUAGGUGAAAGACAAAAACAAACAGGAAGGAAGGGUCAGGGAAUGAUGAUGUAUGUUUUUAGUGGGCAAAACCCUGAGGGGUUAAAGGUUUUGAUAAGAACUAGUAGAGCAGAGCACUGUAAGACUGCAGAGUUGAUACAGUAUAAUGUCCUCAGCUAUACUUAUUCAGCAGCAAAGCUCCACAGACUACAGUAAGGUACAGGAGGGCAGGGAGGGUUGUGGAGCAGAGCAGCAGAGGGCAGCACACAGCUAUGGGAAGGGCAGGGAGGCAAUAUGGGUCAAUUAUGGGAACAGCACUGUGACAAGAGAUGACUGGGGGGGAAGAGUUGAGGCAGAGUGGAAAACAGCUGAAUAAUAUGAGAGAGACAGUGGCAGAACAGAAAAUAUCAGUCUACAGCGAGUCCCAGCCCAAGGGAGAGGAUGGUUUGGGAUAAAGCCUGUGAAAAAGAAGUGGUGUAUGUUUGUGUGUGUGGUGGUUGUACAAGGGUGGGAGGCCUUAGCUUGUUACUGUGAAUGACAGUAAUGAUAAUAGUCUGUGACUGCAUCUCCUGCGUGAGUGUGUUACUGUGCAUGUGUGUGUGCACGACAGAGACAAAGACAACG